CCGGGACCGGGUGGGAGCCGUCUCACUAAUGUCGGAGGGCCGAGGACUCGACGUGUCCCGGGAGGACCUGUUCACCAGCCGGUUUCCCGUCCACCGCGCAUGUCGGGAGGGAGACGUCGGCGCUUUGGUGUCUCUGACCCGGCAGCUCUCGAGCCCGGCUCACCUGACCGCGGAGGACUCGAGCUACGGAUGGACCCCCCUCCACUGGGCCGCUCACUACGGACAGCUGGAGUGUGUGGUGGUCCUGGUCCAGAUGGGCUGUGAGGUGAACACCGGGACCAGCCGCUUCAACCAGACGGCGACGCACACGGCGGCGUUCGGAGGACAUCCUCACUGCGUGGCGUGGCUGACUCGGGCCGGAGCCGACGCCAACAGCCAGGACUUCGUAGGCGAGGCUCCCCUCCACAAGGCGGCCCGUGCAGGGAGCUUGGAGUGUAUCCAGGUGCUGCUGCUGGCGGGCGCUGCACCUCACCUCAGGAAUGCCAGCGGGCAGACGGCAGCAGACCUGGCCCACGCUCACGGCUUCAUCGACUGUUUCAGCUUCAUCUCCACAACCAGGAAGCAGCUGCUGCAGCUCAGCGGCCUCCAGGAGGCCGGGACCCCGUGUGGUCAGGACCUGCUCAGCAGGAAGAGGCUGCUGACCGCCGUGGACUGUGGCCACAUGAAGAAAGCCAGGGGGGCUGACGAUGUGCAGAGCGGAGAAGGCGAGGAGCCGGAGAGCAUGAGCAUCGAGUCUCCACCGGAUCAACACUCAGCCGGCCCUCCUGCUCCUGAGGACCAGGACUCACCGCCCCCCCCUCCAGCCAAUCAGCAGGCUGCUCAGCGCUCCUCUGCUGACAUGUGUGGUUCCCUGCAUCUGACCAGCAGCUGCGUGACCCACCGCCCGGCCCGGCAGUACCCGGUCGGGGCGGACUUCCUGCAUUACGGACACUACCACGGCUUUGGAGACACGGCGGAGGAGCUGAGUGACUACGGACACCAGCAGGCCGGGGCAGGAAGCAUCCACCUGUACCAGGACUCAUGAGGACUACGGACACCAGCAGGCCGGGGCAGGAAGCAUCCACCUGUACCAGGACUCAUGAGGACUACGGACACCAGCAGGCCGGGGCAGGAAGCAUCCACCUGUACCAGGACUCAUGAGGACUACGGACACCAGCAGGCCGGGGCAGGAAGCAUCCACCUGUACCAGGACUCAUGAGGACUAGCCUCCUGGAGUUCAGGGACACUCACUCAUUUUGAGAAGUAAUCUGCUUCCAAACCCAGACUCACUCCAGACAUCCUGAUACCAAAGAUACCCCCCACCCCCCAUCAGUUAGUCCCUCACCACAGACUCUGACCUGGUUCAGGUCUCAUGGUCCUGGUGUCCAUACGGUCACAACUGAAGUUCUCCCAGCUGACUCACUGAUCGGUCUGGGCAGUCUCACCUGCUUGUAGUCUUUGUGCUAAGCUAGGCUAAGCUAAGUGCUAUCGAUGACGCACAAGUCUUAUAUUUAUCGAUGUUGUUUGUUGCUUAUGGGUUUUCAGCUGAAGGUCUCUGUUGGCUCUCGGGACUCUUUUUGUACCACUGCUUUUAUACUGGUUCUGGUUUUACAGUUUCAUAAAAAUGGUUCAAAGUAAA